AUGGCCAAUUUUUCCUCCACAGCUUCCAAUCAGAUUCGCUUCCUGCUCAACUCCUUGAACCAAGUCAACUUUGACUCCGUUCUCCACCAACUUUCUCAGUUCACUGAAUUUGGAACCGUUGGAUGCAUUUUGCUGCUCCAAACUUGCUUGGAUCACUUGAAUUAUGUCAGAAGAGAUAGAAAAGAUAUGCAACAUGAGCCGAUUCUCGGGGCAGUAGUUAAGUACCUCUUGGACAAACCAAACUUCAGCACGGUGUUUUCCGAGUCAAUGAAGAAUGUAGACAUUAAUGAAAGCUUUCUCGAAAGCUUUUGUAAUGGAUUGCAGCUGUCUUUAUUGGAGAGAAUUGCCGUCAGUCUUGCUUUAUCUGAUUCUGAAAAUCCUGAUGCCAGACUAUGUGGCAAGAAUUUUUGCAUGACUCAGAUUGAAGACUUGUAUGCCAAUCCUGGUUCUCUGAGUUUCCAUGAGCAAAUUCAUACUGUUAUCACGUUCCUCAAGCAGUCCGAAGGUCUCUCUGAGCAUGUAGAUUUCUUUAUGCAGAUAUUAUCGCUGGUGCAGUUCAAUGACACACCACCUUUUGUAUUGACCCCGAUGCUACCUGACGAGAUGCACGGGGCUGAUUUUUUGAGGUGGAAUAUGGAGUUCAUCCAUGAGAGUGAAGAGAAUGAUUUUGAUGCUAUUUUGGCAGACAUACAGAAGGAAAUGAACAUGGGGGAUCUUGUAAAGGAACUAGGUUAUGGAUGCACAGUUGAUGUCUCACAUUGCAAGGAAGUAUUGUCACUCUUCUUACCUUUAACGGAUAAUAUGCUUGCUAAAUUACUUGGUGCUAUUGCACACUCUCAUGCUGGGCUGGAGGAUAACCAGAGCACAUUCUUAACUUUCGGCGCAGCACUUGGAUACAAUAACUUGUCCGAGUUACCACCACUUAACUCUUGGAAUGUUGACGUGUUGAUAGAUGCGGUCAAGGGUCUUGCACCACAAACCAAUUGGGUCCGUGUCAUUGAAAAUCUUGAUCAUGAAGGAUUUUACCUUCCCAGUGAAGAGGCAUUCUCUUUUCUUAUGUCUGUUUAUAAGCAUGCCUGUAAGGAACCAUUUCCUCUCCGCGCCGUCUGCGGGUCUGUUUGGAAGAAUACUGAGGGUCAGCUGUCUUUCCUUAAAUAUGCUGUAACCGCACCGCCAGAAAUGUUUACAUUUGCACACUCUGCGAGGCAACUGGCAUAUGCUGAUGCAAUUCAUGGCCACAAGCUUCAAAAUGGACAUGCAAAUCAUGCGUGGCUGUGCAUUGACCUUUUGGAUGUCCUAUGCCAGCUAGCUGAGAAAGGUCAUGCCAGUGUUGUUUGGUCAAUCAUGGAUUAUCCCCUUAAACACUGUCCAGAAAUAUUGCUUCUUGGGAUGUCCCAUGUUAAUACUACUUACAACCUCUUCCAGCGAGAAGUAUCUCUGAUUGUUUUUCCCAUGAUAGUAAAAAGUGAUGUUGGUAGUGGAAUGAUUCUACACCUUUGGCACAUAAAUCCCAAUCUGGUCCUGCGAGGCUUCAUGGAUUCUCAAAACGAUGAUGUGGGCAGCAUUGUGAGAAUUGUAGACAUCUGCCAAGAGCUUAAGAUUCUAUUACAGGUGGUGGAAGUCAUUCCCUAUUAUUACAGUAUAAGGUUAGCCGCUGUUGCUUCAAGAAAAAACAUUCUUGACCUUGAGAAGUGGUUGAGUAACAAUUUAACUACAUACAAGGAUGCCUUCUUUGAGGAGUGCCUAAAGUUUUUGAAGGAAGUCCAAGCUGUCGGAUCACAUAAUCUAUCUGACCAAUCUUUUCAUCUGUCUGUUGGUGUUCUGAAUUUCUUUGCUGAUACAACUGCUAUAUUCUUGAAGGUUCUCAAGUCUCAUACUGACUUGGUUACCUCUGGACUACUUUCUGAGGAGCUGGAGAGUUUGCAUAUAUCUAUUAUAGAUUCAAAUCCAAGACUUCAAAAUAGCGAGACUACUGAUUCACCUACUUCUACACAAUUUCCGAAUGAUGUUGAAGAAGAAGCAAACGCGAUCUUCCAAGAGAUGUUUCAUGAUAAGAUAUCCGUCCCUUCAGUGGUGCAAAAUCUAAUCCGAUUCAGUGAAUCUUCUGUGAAAAGAGACAAUUUGAUUUUUGAAUGCAUGAUUGCAAACUUGUUUGAGGAGUAUAAGUUUUACCCAAGGUAUCCAGAAAUGCAACUCAAAAUUGCCGGACUUAUCUUUGGUUCUGUGAUUAAGCAUCAUCUUGUGACACAUCUCUCUCUUGGGAUAGCUCUUCGAUAUGUUCUUGAUGCAUUGCGCAAGCCUGCAGAUUCUAAAAUGUUUAUGUUUGGAAGUUUGGCACUGGAGCAAUUUGUGGAUCGUCUUAUUGAGUGGCCUCAGUAUUGCAAUCACAUUUUGCAAAUUUCCCAUUUGCGCAGCACACAUUCCGAAAUAGUUGCUUUCAUCGAACAGGCUCUUGCUAGGAUAUCCUCUGGUCAUACAGAUGUAGAUGGGACGACUCAUGCUUCCGCUGUUAUCAGUAACCAUAGUUCUGCACAAGCUACAUUAGGUCAUGUAGAGCUCAGCGGCUCCAGCAUCAUACAACCUGGGCAGCAGCAUUUGUCAAUGCAGCUUCAACAGAGACGUGAGAAUCCUCUGGAUGAUUCUCACAAGACCUCUGUUGGUUCGUCGACUGAUAUGAAGCCUCCGUUAGCUUCUCUAGGGCAAUCUUCAGUGAUUAUACCGGCUGAUACUUCUAGUGGCAAUAAGUUACAUAGCACAGUCAGUGCCUCAUCAAUGUUAUCUUCUUCUUCUGGUUUUGUCCGUCCGUCUCGCGGAACCACUUCUACCAGGUUUGGAUCUGCCUUGAAUAUUGAAACUUUGGUCGCUGCUGCAGAGAAAAGAGAAACUCCUAUUGAGGCUCCGGGGUCAGAGGUUCAGGACAAGAUAUCAUUCCUAAUUAAUAAUAUAGCUUCUACUAAUACCGAGGCCAAAGCAAAAGAACUCACUGAAAUUUUGAAAGAGCAGUACUAUCCAUGGUUUGCACAGUAUAUGGUCAUGAAAAGAGCAAGCAUCGAGCCAAAUUUCCAUGACAUGUACCUGAAAUUCUUAGACAAAGUUAAUUCAAAGGCUUUGAACAGAGCGAUUAUCCUGGCAACAUAUGAAAAUUGCAAGGUUCUUUUAGGAUCCGAACUUAUAAAGUCAAGUUCAGAAGAGCGCUCUUUGCUUAAAAAUCUGGGGAGCUGGCUUGGAAAGUUGACAAUUGGACGGAAUCAAGUUUUGAGGGCUCGGGAAAUAGAUCCGAAAUCUUUGAUUAUAGAGGCAUAUGAGAAGGGGCUGAUGAUUGCUGUUAUUCCAUUUACUUCAAAGGUCCUUGAACCAUGCCAAAACAGUCUUGCAUAUCAGCCCCCUAAUCCUUGGACCAUGGAUAUGAAGGAUGUCACACCAACUUCUCUCCUGAAGGAUUGUAAAAGAGAAAUUGAAGGAAACCCUGAUUUCUCUAAUAAAGAUGUUGGAGCAUCACCACAGAUGAUUUCUGAUAUAAAAUCCAGCCUUGUUCCUCCAGUAAAUCAAGUAGAGCUACCACUUGAAGUCCCCAAUCCAUCCAAUAGCGGGGCUCAUCCACAUAUGAUGUCUCAGUAUGCUGGCCCACUUCAUAUUUCCUCGGGAACCUUGAUGGAAGAUGAGAAAGUAGCACCUCUGAGCUUAUCUGAUCAAUUACCUUCUGCUCAAGGACUGUUACAGGCAAAUACUGCUCCAGCACCUUUCCAGCUCCCAACACAGAUACAUACUAUUGGAUCUCAUGUUAUUAUAAAUCCAAAGCUCAGUGGUUUUGGGUUACAGAUUCAUUUUCAAAGAGCGGUACCUAUUGCAAUGGACAGAGCCAUCAAAGAAAUAGUGUCCAGUAUUGUGCAGCGUAGUGUUUCCAUAGCAACCCAGACUACCAAGGAACUUGUUUUAAAGGAUUAUGCUAUGGAAUCAGAGGAGAAACGUAUUAGAAAUGCAGCAAACUUGAUGGUUGCUAGUCUGGCUGGGAGUUUGGCUCACGUGACAUGCAAAGAACCUUUACGGGCAUCAAUAUCAAAUCAACUGAAGACUUCACUUCAGAGUUUAAAUAUUGGAAAUGAAAUUUUGGAACAAGCUGUGCAACUUGUUACCAAUGAUAAUCUAGAUCUUGGUUGUGCAGUCAUUGAAAAUGCCGCCACUGAUAAGGCAAUAAAGACCAUGGAUACAGAGAUUAGUCAACAACUUUCUUUGAGAAAGAAGCAGCGAGAAGGUAUGGGUUCUACAUUUUUUGAUGCAAAUUUGUAUCCACAAGGUUCUAUGGGUGGUGUUCCAGAGCCCCUUCGCCCUAAACCUGGUCAGUUGUCCCUGUCACAACAACGUGUCUAUGAGGACUUUGUUCGGCUUCCGUGGCAAAACCAGUCUAGCCAGAGUUCACAUUCAAUGUCCGCCAGUGUUUCUGUUCAAUCUGCCAAUAGUGGUAUUACUGGCACCAGUGCUCCUGCAUCAGGACAGAUAAACCCUGGCUACGCUCUAACCACAGGAUAUGAGCGGCUCUCUCGACCAAUAGAUGAUAUGCCAGAACCUAAUUUUGCUCCACAUCAUAGUGCUUCCUCAAUUAACAUUAGAGCAGCCGACAAUGUUUCCCAUCAUAGUAUGGAGAAAGACUCCGUUGCCUCGUUUCCUUCAACUGCUUCCACCCCUGAGUUGCUUGCAGUGGAUUCUUCAGAUGCUGUGAAAGAAUCUGGAGCUUCUUCACAGCCACUGGUUUCAUCAGGUGCCGUGGAGCGCAUUGGAAGUAGCUUCUUGGAAUCAUCUCUCUCUACAAGGGAUGCUCUGGAUAAAUACCAAAUUGUUGCACAAAAGUUGGAGGCUCUGGUCAACAAUGAUUCGAGGGAGGCAGAAAUACAGGGAGUCAUUUCUGAGGUACCUGAAAUCAUACUCAGAUGUGUUAGUCGAGAUGAGGCCGCUUUAGCUGUGGCUCAAAAGGUUUUCAAGGGUUUAUAUGACAAUGCUUCAAACAGCGUUCAUGUCUAUGCGUAUCUUGCAAUCCUGACUGCCAUUCGUGAUGUUUGCAAGCUUGCUGUCAAAGAGCUUACUAGUUGGGUAAUUUACUCGGAUGAAGAGAGGAAAUACAAUAAAGAUAUUACUGUUGGUCUCAUCCGUAGUGAACUACUUAAUAUAACCGAGUACAAUGUUCACAUGGCAAAACUUAUUGACGGGGGAAGAAACAAGGCUGCUACGGAGUUUUCAAUCUCUCUUCUUCAAACCCUGGUCAUUGAGGAACCAAAAGUUGUUUCAGAACUUCACAAUCUUAUCGAUGCUUUGGCAAAGCUUGCUACAAAGCCUGGAUACCCUGAAUCGUUGCAACAACUCAUUGAGAUGAUCAAGAAUCCUGUUACUUUAUCUGCUAGUAAUGCUGGAAAUGAGGAUAAAUCGAGGCAAUCAAGAGACAAUAAGGGUCCUAGUCUGCUAGUUGCAAACAGGGAAGACUUAAGCAUUGUAGAUUCUGCCAAACCUGAUCCUGCUAGAUUCCGUGAGGAGGUGUCCAUGUUGUUUGCUAAAUGGUAUGGUAUAUGUGAACUUCCUGGUGCCAAUGAUACAUCUGCUACCCACUUCAUCCUACAGUUGCAUCAGAACGGGCUGCUUAAGGGGGAUGACAUGACAGAUCGCUUUUUCCGUCUGUUGAUGGAAAUCGCAGUUGCACAUUGCUUAUCCACCGAGGGGAAUAAUUCAGGAGCACUGCAAUCUCCUCAACAAAUGCUGUCAAUGUCAUUUCUCGCAAUUGAUAUUUAUGCAAAGCUUGUCUUCUCAAUCUUGAAGGGAUCAAGCAAACUUUUUCUUCUCUCCAAGAUUCUAGCAGUUACUGUCAGAUUUAUUGUAAAAGAUGCAGAGGAGAAGAAGGUCUCUUUUAAUCCCAGACCAUAUUUCAGACUGUUCAUCAACUGGCUUCUAGAUCUCGGCUCACUUGAGCCUGUUACAGAUGGUGCAAAUCUCCAGAUUUUGACUGGAUUUGCCAAUGCAUUUCAUGCUCUGCAGCCACUCAAAGUUCCUGGAUUCAGUUUUGCUUGGCUGGAGUUGGUUAGUCACAGGAGCUUCAUGCCAAAAAUGCUGACUGGUAAUCUUCAAAAAGGUUGGCCUUAUAUCCAAAGGUUGCUUGUAGAUUUGUUCCAAUUUAUGGAGCCUUUUCUGAGGCAUGCCGAGCUAGGAGAUCCGGUCCGUGUUCUCUACAAGGGAACACUUAGGGUGCUCUUGGUGCUACUUCACGACUUCCCAGAGUUCCUUUGUGAUUAUCACUUUACCUUCUGUGAUGUGAUCCCUCCAAGUUGCAUACAGAUGCGAAAUAUUAUUCUAAGUGCAUUUCCGCGUAGUAUGAGGCUUCCAGACCCUUCAACUCCAAAUUUGAAGAUUGAUUUGCUUCAAGAAAUAACUCAAUCCCCUCGGAUUCUUUCUGAGGUUGAUGCAGCAUUGAAAGCAAAGCAGAUGAAGACUGACAUAGAUGAAUACCUUCAGACAAGGGAACAGCCUUCUCCACUUUUAUCUGAAUUAAAAGAGAAGCUGCUACUCUCACCAAAUGAAGCUGCCUCUGCCGGCACCCGGUACAACGUGCCAUUAAUCAACUCCCUUGUACUGCAUGUUGGAAUGCAGGCAAUCGAGCAGCUCAAGGCUCGAGCUCCUCAUGCACAGUCACCACAAACUACAUAUGGGCUGGCUGUAUUUUCUGUUGGUGCUGCUUUGGAUAUUUUCCAGACUUUAAUCGUUGACUUGGAUACAGAAGGGCGCUACCUUUUCCUAAAUGCUGUUGCUAACCAACUGCGUUAUCCCAACACUCACACACACUACUUUUCCUUCGUCAUCCUUUACUUGUUUGCAGAAUCAAACCAGGAAAUUAUCCAAGAGCAAAUUACGAGAGUCUUGCUAGAACGCCUUAUAGUAAAUCGACCUCAUCCCUGGGGACUCCUCAUUACUUUCAUUGAGCUGAUCAAGAAUCUAAGGUAUAAUUUCUGGAACCGGUCAUUCAUAAGAUGUGCACCAGAGAUUGAAAAACUUUUUGAAUCAGUCUCGAGAUCUUGUGGAGGUCCGAAACCAGUAGAAGAGAGUAUGGUUUCGGGUUGGGUCUGA